AUGUACAAGGACACUGAAAAUAAGGGCGUUGAAAAGAAGCAGGAGGAACAAAAUGAAAAGAUUAUAAUAAGAAUAAAAAGAAAAAUUGAUGAUACAACCAUUCCAUCCAUUUAUGUGAAGAAGUCAAAUAAAAAAGUAUGCAAUGGUUUAUUCUACAAACACAUUGAUACUGUAAUUCCAGAAAUAGAUGUUAAUAAAAAAAAUGUUGAAUGCAUUAAUAUAUUUUUAAAACACGAACAGUUUAAUUGUAGUAACAGUAGUAGUGAUUUAUCAUUUUUAGAAAAAAAAAGAAAAUUUCAUUCUAUGAGAGGUUGUGAAAAGGAUUUAAGGGAAACUAUAAAUAAUUUAAAAAAGUAUAAAAUAAUAAAUCAAAAUAUUCAAUAUGUCGAUUUAGACAAUAAAGAGAAAAAAGGAAAAUAUAAAAUAAUUGAUAUAGAUUUAUUGCAUGAAAAAGAUAAUAAUGAUAACAAUAAUAAUAUAAAUUCUAUAAAUGAAUUCAAUGAAGAACGAAACGAAGACGAAAAAGAAGAGAAACAACAUAAUAAAACGGACAAAGAAAAUUACGAAUAUGAUUUGUAUAUUAUAGACGAUCAAAGAUUAAACAUAAAUGAUCACAUAGAUUAUUUAUAUGACAUUAAAAACAGUAACAUUGAUACAUCUGAAGUCAUAGUGCUAGAAGACGUGUAUGAAAACAAUACAAACGAAUAUGAAACCAAUUCUUUUUCAUCUUCCAGCUCUGACAGAGAUACGAAAAAAGAAAUGUCGGAUUACCCGGACGAAAGUUGGAGUAGUGCAAAUGAUCAUAGUGCUUGUAUUGGCGAUGAUGAUAUUAUGAGCAGCUACAGUUAUAAUAUAAAUUCUAAUAGUGAUUACUAUGAUAACAAUGAGAAUGGUGAGUGCUACGAGGAAAAUAUGCGCAGAGACGGUUAUAUCGAGAAUAUAUCAAGUGACUGUUAUGACCAGAAUUUACCAAGUGACUGUUACGACGAGAAUAUACCAAGUGACUGUUACGACGAGAGAAUGCACAACAACCUUUGCGACUCAAAUUUGUGUAAUAAAUUUAAUCAACACAGUGAGGCUGAUUCUUUGGGGGAAAACAUACAAAUUGUUGAUAAAGUUAAUAAGAAAGCGUUUGAUAAAAAUAAAGAAAAUUAUUUUAUCAAUUUUGAAAGUUAUGUAAAGCAGAAAAAUUCUUUGAAUAAUAAUAAGAAUAAAUACAAAAAUAAUGAAAAAAAAAAAAGUGCGAAAAAAAAAUAUAUGCGUAAUCAGAAAAUUAAUUCUUUAAUUUUUGAAGAAAAAAUAAAAGAUGAGUUGGAAAAACGUUUAAAAAAAAAAAAUGAAGAUUUAUUAAAUGCAACAUUGUCAGAUAAGUUAAAAAUUCUUGAGCAAAUGGAAAAUGAAUAUUAUGACAACUGA